GUCGUCUACAACAUAGAGCCAACUCGUAUAAAGUUUCAGCAACCCGGGUUAACAGCGGCCCAAACAGCAGUAUAGCGGUUACCGACAGAUCAUCGGACAGAAGUGAGCUUCUCUGUCUCGUCGACUCGUUUCGGACUCUUCAUAAAGUUUUGCAGCCUCCUCCAAAGUAAAUAGACGUGGACGCUUCAUGAGCUGUUGUGCCUGUGAGAGGCAGAUAAGAAACAUAGGGCCAACCAACAGACAGCUCAUGUUUGGAGAUAAGAGAGAUGGUCCCCCAUUUCCUACACAACCCUGAGCUAUCAGCAGUACAGUUGUUCAGCUUGACGGAGGAGACACGGUGGCUGAUUUUCAAGAACAGCAUUUAGCAGAUCCAUGGAGGAGAAGGAGCAGACUGAAGGAGGGCUUCAUUUUGUGGGCAAGAAGGAUGAACUUAUGGAAGCAAAGCGGUCUUUCAGAACAAUAGAGGAUCGGGAUAUACUAAUUAUCUAUUACCAGGGAGUCUUCUAUGCCAUGGAUUCUUACUGUUACCAUGCUGGAGGACUCCUGCAGGAUGGCGACAUUGAGGAAAUUAAUAGCAAGCUGUGCAUAAUUUGUCCGAAGCACAAGUACAAGCUCACUCUAGCCGAAGGGGAGUGCUUAUACCGAGGUACAAACCCCAGGGAAAAGCCACCUGUGCCCAGAUGGUACUCCAAGGGUGUGAAGCAAAGAACGCACACAGUCACGGAGAACAACGGUGAGGUUUACGUCAAGCUCUCCGAACGCUCGGAUUGGAUUGAAUCAGACUACUACCAGGGAGAAAAGGGCAAGAUAGAAAGAGCCAAAGCUGAGGCGUCUGAGAAGAAAACAUCUUGUCAGUAAUGGAUGAAGAUUGCAUCUCAGUGUUCUCUUUUUGUCUGCUCUGAGCUCCUCUAAAUGAUUGUAUGGUGACUGCAUGGAGAGGUUGUUAGUGAUGACACGCACUCAGUGGCUAAUUUAUAAGUACUUAGUAUUAGUUGAAUGCAUAGCCUUCUUUUUGAUCAGUUUUGAGUGUAUUUAGAAGUUUGCAUGGGUCAUGGUUUACAUGAAAAUGUUUUAUGUCAAACAUUCACAUUGCUAUUUAACAUUGAUCUCUGUUUCU